UCUCAUAUUGAGGGGAUGUGUUUCCCGCGGUGCGAGCCGGUAACCUUUCUACAACACACACUACGGACAGUUUUCUCUUUCCUGUCACGACCCUGGCUUUUUCUGUGCCCCGGAAGCGAUCUCCGUGGUGGAGGUAGUGCUGGCUAGCGCGUCAGGAAGAGCCCAAAAGAUUAGAUUGUAAAAAAAAAGAAGAUAGGAACCAUGCUUUUUCGAAGACCUUUAUUACAGGUGAUUCGUCAGUUUGUAAGACAUGAGUCUGAAGUAGCCAGCAGUUUUGUUCUUGAAAGAUCUCUAAAUCGGGUACAGUUGCUUGGACGAGUGGGUCAGGACCCUGUCAUGAGACAGGCGGAAGGAAAAAAUCCAGUCACCAUAUUUUCUCUAGCAACAAAUGAGAUGUGGCGAUCAGGGGACAGUGAAGCAUACCAAAUAGGUGAUGUCAGUCAAAAGACGACAUGGCACCGAAUAUCAGUGUUUCGGCCAGGCCUUAGAGAUGUAGCAUAUCAAUAUGUGAAAAAGGGGUGUCGAGUUUUCGUGGAAGGGAAAAUAGACUAUGGUGAAUACAUGGAUAAGAAUAAUGUGAGGCGACAAGCAACAACAAUCAUAGCUGAUAACAUUAUCUUUUUGAGUGACCAGACAAAAGGAAAGGAAUGAACGGAUGAUUCUUUAGCCAUUAUUUGAUUCCUUCCAGAACUUUCAGUGGGUGAGAAGAACCCCCCCGCCCCAUGCUGGGGAUGGACCCAGGGCCUUGGAUAUGCCAGGCAAACACUUUACCACUGGGCUACACCCCAACCCAAAGGUUCUCUUAACACCUUUGACUUUACUUCCUAGAGCCUCAGACAUCUCAUUUUUCUUUUAUUUUCUGGUAGAGUACCCAUAAUUACUAAUAAAGAUUACAUAAAAUCAA